AUGUUGAACAUUUACGUCUACGAGUUUGUGGUACAUUUAUUUUGUAUGCGUAAAAUUGGGGAUAAAUUUCCAAGCAAUAAGCUGACAAACAUCAAAUGGUUGCAAUCGUCUGGUGGCACCCUUGUCAAGUUAGAAUUUGAUUUCUGCAGGCCAUCGAUUGGAUUGAAUAUUGUUGAGGAGGCCAUAAACCAAUCCGAGACCACUCUCGUAUUUGAAGGACAGUUUGAGGCUAGGGGUGUGGCUUCUGCUGUUCUUGUAGCGGGAUUGGCCCUGAUUGGGGUGUGCAAGGGUGGUGGGGUCCUUCAACAAGAAUCUGUCUAG